AUGCAUGGGGACCUUUCUGAAGAAGUGUAUAUGAAGGUUCCUCUUAGUUUGUCUGUCUCUGGUUCAUCUCCUGAUGGUUCCCCUCUUGUUUGUAGACUUACAAAGUCUCUUUAUGGUCUCAAGCAGGCAUCAAGACAAUGGUUUUCCAAGCUCUCCAUUGCUCUUAUAUCCAAAGGGUACCGGUCCAACCUCAAUGAUUACUCCCUUUUCACAAAAAAUUCAGCCACUUUCAUUGUUGUCCUUGCAGUGUAUGUGGAUGAUAUACUAUUAGCUGGUGAUGACACUAAGGAGACGGAGUCUUUGAAAUAUUUCUUGGAUGCUCAGUUUAAGAUCAAAGAUCUUGGAAAUAUUCACUAUUUUUUGGGGCUUGAAGUUUCUAGUGUUGUUGAAGGUUAUCUUGUGAAUCAACAUAAGUUUGCCAAGGAACUCUUGGCUGAAUUUAAUUGUUCUGACUGCACUCCUGUUGUGACACCUUUGGAUCUGAACAGUAAGCUCACUCCCACUUCUAGGGAGCUGCUUCCUGACCCUUCUCUAUUCAAAAGAGUGGCUGGGAAACUCAACUUUCUCCAACACACCAGGCCUGACUUGUCUUUUUCAAUGCAACACCUUAGUCAGUUCUUGAAUGCCCCCAAGUAUCUUCACAUGCAAGCUGCUUUGCAUGUCCUUAGAUAUCUUCUCAAUGAUCCUGCUAAGGGCAUGUUAUUCAACAACUUUGUGGGCUUCUCUCUCAUAGCUUAUUCUGAUUCAGAUUGGGCCACCUGCUACUCUUUCAUAAAAUCUGUUACUGAUUUCUUUGUUAUAUUGGGUGGUAACCCUAUUUUUUGGAAGUCCAAGAAGCAACCUACUGUAUCCUUGUCCUCUGUAGAAGCUGAGUAUAGGGCUUUGAGGAAGAUUGUUGCUGAAUUGACUAGGCUUAUUCGACUAUUGGGUGAUCUUGGUGUCUAUGUGUCUCAGCAUGUUCCUAUCUACUAUGACAACCAAGCUGCCCUAAGCAUUGCCAUGGACCCUGUAGAUCAUGAACAAACCAAGCAUAUAGAACUCGAUUGUUAUUUUGUUGGUAAAAAGCUUGGGAUGGUCUAA